AUGUCCGAGCAGGAGCCCCUUCUGCCCGCUGCAGCCAACUACGACGGCUGCAGCUCGCUCGAGGCCCAGGAACGCGACCUCGGCUCGAAGAGCACAUACCAGCGCGCCAAAAUCCGCACCGCCGAGGUCCUCGAGUCCACCCCCCUGCACUACUCUGUCAUCUCCCUUGUCCUAAUUGACUCCGCGUGUGUGCUCGCCGACCUCGCCUACACCUUCCUGUCCACCGACUGUACGCCCAUCGAGGGCCCGGAGACCCCACUCUGGCUGAACAUCCUCGCCAACGUCUCUCUCGUCAUCACCACGCUGUUCCUCGCCGAGAUACCCUUCACGCUCUGGGCCCUCGGCGCCCAGUACUACAACCCACGCGGCCCCGUGGUCCACGCGAUACUGCACCUCUUCGAUGCGCUCGUCAUCCUCACCACUUUUAUACUCGAGAUCGUCCUGCGCGGACGCGAGCGAGAACUCGCGUCGCUGCUCGUCAUCCUGCGUCUGUGGCGAUUGGUUAAGCUUGUGCAAGGGAUUGCCGUCAGCGCAGGGGAACUCGACGAGCAACAGGCCGAGCAGCUCGCCGAGACCCGCGAACAACUCAACGACGCGCUCAAAUCUCUCCACGCUGUGCGACAGGAGAACCAAGAGCUCCGUGCACGCAUCGCGUUCACGCACGGCACAGAAACAGCGCGCGACGAACUUUAACCCGGGCUCAUCCCAUUGUGACUUGCAUGUAUACCCUUCUCUGUCUCGCGCCCUGCUUUCUCCUGCUUUCAUGUCCCAGCCUGCA